GGUAAGCUCUGAAGACUGUCAUCCAUGACAAAAAUGGUUUAUUGGGAGCGCGAUUGCAUGUACUGGAUAAGUUGCAUGCUAAUGUUUUUCUUUCUUACCUACGGAGUAAAAAUGAACCCCUCUAUUGACGACUAUUGUGAGAUUUGGAAGUCAUGGGAAGCUUCUGGUCACCAAUUAACUCAUGAGGAGGCUUGUGCCUUCUGGGAGUUUGUCAUAAAGAACUGGAGCUCGAAGAUUGGAGAAAUUUUGGCUCAACGGUUGUUAAAAUUGCCUGUAUAUUCAGGGUCAAGUCCAAUUAAUCUGGUCAAUAAACACGACGUAUUCAUUGCUGAUGAGCUGCAGGUUCUUUUUGAAAGGUCUUCAUUGGGUUCACUAUUUGUUUGGUAUCUCCAACCGAGCAUGAAAUCUCUUCCCAGAACUAAGUUGCUAGAAAUUUAUAGCAAAAUAGGUGUUAGAAGUAUCCCUGAAUCUGUGAAGCAAAGGCUCUCUGAGGUGGAUGCUGUCAAUCUGAAGCAGCUGCAACCGAAGGAAGUAUUCUUGGCUUUCUAGCUGAUGUUUCGCCCAAAAUGGAAGUAGAUGUUAGGCAUGACAUGGUCAGACGCCUUCUUGAUGUUACCGUCCUAGAGGCAGCUGGGAGCCAAAUAACAAUGCGCCACACAUUGUCACUCUCCUCUGGUGAAACCCUCAAUGUUGAAGCCAGGCAAAUGCUCAGAUGGGAGAAACAGAUAUCAGAGCUUUUUGUGCAGAAAUUGGACAAGGAUGGGGGACCAAAAACCAUAAUUGAGUAUGCUUCACUCUUCACAUUUUUCUCAAGUAGUUGCUGGAGGCUUAAUAUGGGAGAAUGAAGAUCACACGUGUCAGCUGGCAGACCUUAUAAUUAUAAGGUUGGGUUUUCUCGUGGAAUUCAAUGAUGAAAAAUCUGCAGACAUUUUUGGAGGAUGAAGAGUUUCUUUCUUCCAUCUUUCAAGAUGAAUAGCCGAAUGGCAGGGAGAUGGGCGAUGAAAAUCCCGAUUUAUUCAAGAAGUUACCUGACGGGUUUAGACAAAAAUUUACACGAGAAAUUUUAUCACGCACAAGCCCUGCGGAUGUCAUGAGGCUCUCACUUGUGUCGAGAAGUUUCCGGGCGUCAGCCAAUUCUGACGUUGUUUGGGACACAUUCAUUCCACCUGAUCAUCGGAGACUUGCUCUACAGGGCCUACGCAAUUACACUUUUGAUUCUAGCAAACGAUUGUUUCGGUAUCUCUGUGGCACUCAGCGCUUUUGGUUAGAUAAAUGGAGCGGGAAGAUGGGCCUCUAUAUUGAUCAUAGAUCGCUAGCAAUCACACAGCUUGAUACAGAUUACUGGAAGAAAAGCGUUUCUGGGCCGGUGCUUGGUCAUGUAAUUUGGCUUGAAGUUUGCGGGAGAAUACCCACGUCAAAAUUGUCACCAGAUACGACCUAUGAAGCUUAUCUUGUGUUUUUCCUGUCAAAGUACGUUUGCUAUGGAUUUCACACACCUAUAGAGACUUCUAUUGGGAUACCAGGGGAAGAAAGCACAAAAGCAAUCAUAUAUUUGGAUCCUCGAAUAGCUGAGUCCAAAAGCAAUCACCAUUAUCCAAAUACAAAGCCGAGGGAAAGAAUUACUGAUUCUAUAGAAGUUAAGUUGGGUGAAUAUUUCAAUAAAAAAGGGGAGAACAGAGAUGUUGAGAUCACUUUGAAAGAAGUAAAAAGUGGAAAGCCCAAGUGUGGUGUCCGCAUUGUUGGGAUAGAGAUGCGACCAAAGCAAGCUUAAUAUAAACCUCUGAUUCAAUACCGUGCUCGCUCUUGUUUGGGAUCGGAGGUUUUAAAUAGUUCUUUCACUAUUCGGAAAACUUCAAUUGACAAUGUCUGAGAAAAAUUGACCGAUGUACUAGAGAGGUUUAUACAUCAAUUUCUAACAAAUUUCAUGUCUUCCACAUACUUUUUAAGUUAUA